CAAGCGCACUUGCCCUCUUCCAGGGUUUUACUUUCACCAACUCAGUGACAGCUCUCUACGCCUUCUACAACCGACCACCACCUUCCCCAGCCUCCUCAGGAAUAACGUAAUUCAUAAGGAAGGUCAUCAAGUGAGCUCUCUACAUCCAUAAUAUGGAAUCAGCCAUGGUGAGCUUAAGAAGAAGCAAACGCUCAAGACUAAGCUCUGAGAGAAGUUCUGUUCUAGCACCAUUGCCAAGGUUUUGUGACAAGGGAACUGCUCCUCAAAAUUCUACCCAAACAAAACCAGAUAGUGUGCAUCCAGUGCCUUCAAAUGAUGUAAAUCUGCCAGAGGGGAAUGCGACUCAUACAAGGGCUUCCCCUGAGAUUAUCAGUAUGUUGAGAGACCCAGCUGCUGCAGAGAGAGUUUUGCUGGGCUUACUUGGCCCUGAUGAUACCAGGAUUAUGCAGGAGUAUGAUGACGGUGGUUUGAGGCAAAACUUGGCCCACCAUGCCCUUGGUGCCUGCCUUCACUUUGCCAUGUGGCUAAGGGAAAAUGGAGAGUCUUCCUUAGCCUCCAGGGAGCGCGAUGAAGCCAGAGCUCGUGUUGCAGAGCUGGAGGAAAGAGUUAGACAUGUUGAGGAGAUUCUGAGGCAUCUGGUCCAAGAAUACGAGUCUAAGCUAAAUGGCCUGCAAAAUAAUGUUGAUCAGUUGAGGCAGAAGGCUGAGUUCUGCGAGAGGAAAUGGAAGGAGCAGGAGGCCUUGCAUCAGGAGAAGGCCACUCGCUUGGAAGAGGUUUUGAGCCACCUUGAGGAAGCUAACUCCGACCUUGCCAAGGUCACUCAAAGUCAUGACGUGGCCAGAACACGUAUCGAAAAGCUGACUGGUGCUCUCACUCGGACCAGAAAGCUCUACGAGCAGGCUGAGGUUGAAGUGAAGAAGGUUCAGCAGGACUGCGAAAUGGAUAGGAUCCUUGUUGAAAUAGAGAAGGAAGAGCGUGGGGGAAAAAGGAUUGCUCUGGCCACCGAGCUAGGGCUGGUAGAUGACUUCCAAAACCAAAACCAGAAGAUGGAAGGUGGGAUCAUACCAACGCUGGAGCUACACAAAGAUGUUAGCAAGCAAAUUGAAGAAGCCAAAGACGUCGAUGAAGAAGUGGACGAUGACCAGCAUCCUUGGACUUUCUGGGCAUGUUGCAAUCGCUGCAAACUUCAUUAUGAGUAUUACAGGGUUGAUGAUGUAGGUGCUCGUUUCUCUUCCUGCCCAACUUGUCAACCGGUUUCUCUGGCUAUAGAAUUGUCUCCACCUCCUGCAGUUGGAGGAUGAAGAUGUCGAGACUCAGGGUGCGCUCUCAUUGAGACAGAGAGACAGAGAGACAGAGAGACAGAGACAGAUACAACUACAUUAUUAUCAAAUAUAUAUCAUAGAUCAACUAGCAAAGCCCUUUUUUAUUA